AUGAGGAAAGUAACCAAGUCAGAUAUGACCACCACCAAAACCGAGACCUUCUUCUCACAGAGCAGACACAUCGAGUUCACCGACGCUCCAGCAGAUGAACACACACCCCACAUGGCGCGCAUACACAGCGCCAAAUGUCCACAGUGUGCCGUAUACAAUCCACACAUCAUACCCAGCAGCGAGCUCUCCCUGGAGAUCAUCUCCGACUUCCAGCUACGGUACGCAAAGCUCCGAUACUUAGCAGUGACACUAAACAACCGUGAUGGUUGGACGCUGGACAAGACCAUUUACCUUUGUCCUCGGCUCCGCAUUGUUCCCAUAGGCGCAUCAAUCCUCGAAGAACAAACUAGAUGUUGGAUUUGCCGAUGCCCGUGGCCCAGCGAUCCAAAUGACGACGAGGACGAUGAUGCUGCUGCCUGUGAAAGUCCGUAUCCGGUGAUGCUUACAUGCGGUCAGAUCUUCGGAUUAGAAUGUCUCGCCGAAUAA